AUGGAGGUUGUAAUCCCACCCAGAGAUCAUGGGCCGUCCUACAGAUAUGUUUGGGACGACAACGGCGCCGUCGAAAGGAUAGAGAGAGUUCCCGAGCAGCAAGCAUCACACCAGAGGGAGAGCACGGGCUCCGCUUCCGAUGUUGCGUCGUCGCGACCCUUCACUGGCUUCACCGGGAGUUUCCCGGACCCGCAGAGUUUUCCGCCAAAGGACCCCCCGAGACGAGCGACCUGGGCGCCCGGAAAACGUAAUUCGACGGCCACGCUUCUUGAGAACAUCGUCCCAGACUACAUCAUCAACUACAUCAGAGGAGAGACGCCCGAAACCAUGGCGCGCAGGAGAGAAGAGCGCCGGAGACAGACGCAGAGCCCCGAAACGCUCGAGGCGAAUGUACGCGGCGCCAUACACGAAAGUGGCGCACAGGGUUUUUACGAGGAGGCCACGACAAACACCCUCUCGACGGUCGCCGCCAACGACGACCUGGAGCGGAUGCUGCCACCGGACGAGAAGAGGAGGUCGGGAAGCACGUUCGACCGGAUGAAGUCGGGAUGGAGGGCCGGCAUCGCGUUGAACAUCGUCAUUGGCUUCUUCAUCCUUAUCGUCGCCAUCGUGUGCCUGGUGCUCGCCCUCGUGGUCGUCGGCAUGAUCAGGGGCGAGAGCCGCAUCUUCGAGGGCGACUGCGCGGCCGCGAGCAACAUCAAGAUUGGUGUCUUCGUCGCCAUUAACGUUGUCACCGUCGUGCUGCUGUCGGCGGCCAACUACGUGUUUCAGGUGUUGAGCAGUCCCACGCGCAUCGAGGUCGAUAUGGCACACGAUGGGAGGCGGUGGCUCGACAUCGGGGUCCCUUCUUUCAGGAACCUGCGUUUCGUCUCGAAACCGCGGGUCAUCAUGACGGUCAUCAUUAUGCUGGCGGCCGUCAGCACCCAAGUAAUCUAUAAUGCCGUAAUCUUCUCGACGCAACCCGCCUUCGACCAGCAGGUUGUCUUCGUCACCCGAGACUUCCUCACGGCCGGCCAGUUCAGCAACAUGUCGGAGACCAACGCCGGCGGCCUCUUGCGGUCCGACAUCCUCGUCCUCCAAGACCAGGCCUCGCGCGGUGACCUGACAAACCUCACAAACGCCGCCUGCGCGGCGCAGUUUGGUGGCACUUUCCAGUCUGACUUCAGCGCCGUCGUCCUCGUGACCGACGUCACGCAAAAGUCCGGCUCCUCCCUCGCGCAGUUCAUCGACCCGUCCGAUCCCUCGCGGAUCAGGAUCAACAGCUCCUCGGUGGACUACUGCCUCGCGCGCCCCGAGUCCUCCCAGUCCUGCGACGUUGUUCUCAACGGCUCGCUCCUCGGCGUUGUCGCCAUCCUCAACCUCGUCUCCGUGUCCGCCAUCGGCGCCGUCUACUUCUUCACCGGCUUCGAGCCUAUCGUCACCCUCGGCGACGCCCUCGCCUCCUUUAUCACACAGCCCGAUCAUACCACCCGCGGCAUCUGCCUCCUCGACAAGACGGACGUCAAGCAAGGGCGGUGGGGGUACCGCGAGGCGAAAUACUGGACCUCUCGAGACCACUUCUGGCUCCAAACCCCGAGCCUGACCACCUGGACAUCCUGGCUCAUCACCUGGAUCUUGCCCACGGGUCUCGCCGCUGCAGCCCUCGGCAUUACCCUCGCCCGAGGCCCGGCAUCGUCUCUCAGCCCCUUCGGCAGCGCCGGCCCCCACGAGAUAUAUCCCCUCACCAACAGUGGCGGACGCGCGGGCGUCGCCAUCAUCGCCGCCCUCCCCCACCUCCUCCUUGCGGCCCUUUACCUCUCUACCAACGCCCUGCUGUCGUCCUACUUCCUCUCCCACGAGAUGAGCCAGUACGCGUUGCCUGGCAUCGCCCUCCCCCUCCGUGUCAGCUCCGGACGUCCCCACGGCGCCCAGACGACCUCCCUCUACCUCACCCUCCCGCGCCCAUACUCCUGGCUCCUCCUGGGCCUCUUUGCCGCCGCGGGCUUUGUGCUGAGCAACGCCGUUGUCAUGGUCUCGAUCGACGUCCUCCCCGCCGUCAAGGACAAGCAGUACCCCGCCCCGAUCAACGGCAUUGGCUUUAGCGGCGUCGGGCUGCUCGUCUUUUUGGUCCUGAUGGUCCUGAUCGCGGCGUUGGUCCUCGGCGUGGGUCUCCGGCGCGCAGACCCCUCGCCGACGAGCGUCGACGGCGAGAAGGCGGGCAACCCGCUUGUGCUGCGGGGCGGGAGCUGUUCGGCCGUCAUCAGCGCGCGGUGCCACCGCCCUGCGAGGGACGUGGGUGCGGCGUACAGGAAAGUCGCGUGGGGCGUCGUCGAGCAGGAUGUCGAGACCACCUUCGGCCACGCCACGUUUUCCAGCCAGGCUGUGAGCGUGCUGGAUCCCGCCAAGGGGUACGCCUAG